CAGCGUGCCGUGUGCGCCCCAGCAAGGUAUGCCUGCGUCUGCGCUCGGUUCAUCAUCCCGAAAGCCCUAGAAUUCUAUAUUGAGUAGGGAACCUAUUCUGUGAUUCUAGAUGGCUCCACCCGCAAAAGCUACCUCCAAGAAGGCUGAUGACAAAGCACAGGCUUUGAAGGCUGCCAAGGCUGUGAAGUCAGGAUCAGCCACCUUGAAGAAGAAGGCAAAGAAGAUUAGGACCUCUGUUACUUUUCACCGGCCAAAGACACUUUCAAAGGCGAGAAACCCGAAGUAUCCUAGAAUUAGUGCUCCACCAAGGAACAAACUGGAUCACUAUCAAAUCCUCAUGUAUCCCCUGACCACCGAGUCUGCAAUGAAGAAGAUUGAAGACAAUAACACACUAGUCUUCAUUGUCGAUAUUCGAGCUGACAAGAAGAAGAUCAAAGGAGCUGUCAAAAAGAUGUAUGACAUUCAGGCAAAGAAAGUGAAUACUCUGAUCAGGCCUGAUGGAACUAAGAAGGCUUAUGUGAGAUUAACGCCUGACUAUGAUGCUCUGGAUGUUGCAAACAAAAUCGGCAUCAUUUAAGGCUCUCAAAAAUUGGCAGCUGCCCACUUGAUUUUGGUUAAGAGGCUCUGUUUGAGAGCUUUGGUAUCCGGUAGCAACAGACCUCGAAGAAGUUUACUAUUAUGAGAAUCUCCAUGAAGUCACUUUUAUGAUGGAUUUGUUGUGUUUAUGAUGCUGUCCAAGUUUCUGUUCUGCUUGUUUAAGAACCAUUUAGUUAAAAGUAUGUCGAGUGUAGUUGUAGUUGCAAAAACUAAUCUGGCUUCGGUUUUCUUGAUCAGUAAAAUCCACUCUUUUGUAACA